GGGGCCGCUGAGGGCCGGCCCUGGUCCGUGCCGCCCGGCACCUCGCCGUCUCCGGGGCCGAGCUCCGACGAGCAGCGCCGCGGCGGUUCUCCCUGGGGUCUCUCCCGAUCCCGGCCCGCAGCCGCCGCCCCCCCCCGCCGGGAAACGCGCGGCGCGGCCGCAUCAAUCAUUAACCGCGGCUCGGGUGUCCGGCGCCUCCCUCCUCGGGAAACCGUACCCGGGGCGGCGGGCACGUCUCUCCCGGCCCCCCGGGCGCGCUGGAUGCGCCGCCGGUUUCCAGUUACCGCGAUGCCGGGCGGCGGGGUGGGAGGAGGCGCGGCGGUGCCGCCGCUGCCCGUGCUGCAAUGAGUGAUGCUGCCGGGGGCGGCGGCGGCGGAGGAGGAAAAGCGCAGAGCUACCGCGGCUCCUCCGCCGGCGGCUGCGGGAGCGGCGGCUUCACCUCGCCCGGGCGGCGGCGGCGGCGGCGGAGGCGGCGUGCGGCGGACGGCGGGCAGGAGGCUGCCGGGGGUCCGGGCGCCGUUGGGGGCAGCAUGCCGGGGGACGAGGGGGACAAGGAGGAGGCGGCGCCGCCCGCCCGCCCCGCCGCCCUGCUGCGCUGGGACGAGGUGCCCGAGGACUUCGUGGAGUGCUUCAUCCUCUCGGGCUACCGACGGCUGCACUGCUCGGCGCAGGAGUGCCUGGCCUCGGUGCUGCAGCCCACCAACGAGACGCUCAACUUCUGGACCCACUUCAUCCCUCUGCUUCUCUUCCUCAGCCGCUUCGGGCGGCUGCUGCUGCUGCGGGGGGCCGGGGACGUGCCCUUCCACCACCCGGCCCUGCUGCCCCUCUGGUGCUACGCCUCGGGGGUGCUGCUCACCUUCGCCAUGAGCUGCACGGCCCAUCUCUUCAGCUGCCUCUCCCCGCGUCUCCGCGCCGCCUUCUUCUACCUGGACUACGCUUCCAUCAGCUACUACGGCUUCGCCAGCACCGUGGCCUACUCCUACUACCUGCUGCCAGGGCUGAGCCUGCUGGAUGCCGGCGUCUUGAGCCGCUACGUGCAGCAGCAGCUGGGUUGGCAGCUGGACUGCAGCCUGCCCAUCGCGGCCUACCGUGCCCUGGUGCUCCCCGUGGCUCUGGCACUGGCCGUGGGUUGCACGGCCGCCUGCUGCCGCAGCCGCGCUGCCUGCUGCGCGUACCCUUUUGCCGUGCGCACCUUCGUGUUCGCCAUGCCGCUGAGCAUGGCCUGCCCCAUCAUGCUGGAGAGCCUCAUCUUCGACCUCCGCACGCGCAACCCCACGCUUUUUGUCUACUUCUACCGCCGCUACUUCUGGCUGCUGGUGGCCGCCUUCUUCAAUGUCAGCAAAAUCCCUGAGCGGAUCCAGCCGGGGCUGUUUGACAUCGUGGGGCACAGCCACCAGCUCUUCCACAUCUUCACCUUCCUCAGCAUCUACGACCAGGUGCACUACGUGGAAGACGGGCUGGCUGAGUUCCUCAAGGCAGCCCCGGCCGCCCCCACCUACCUGGGCACCGUGGGGUACAUGCUGCUGCUGACAGUCUGCCUGGCUGUGGUUGUCAGGAGGUUCCUCAAUGUUGCAGACCUCUGCAAGCAGGACUGAUCGUGCCAGCGGCCACCGUACCAUUGGCCCUCGGGCUGGAGACAGUUGAGCUGGUGACCUUCACAGUGGUGACCGUCAGACUGGCCCAGCCGUGUCCUGAAGAUGCUGUGAAUCUGGAGGAAAGACACCUGUGGAAGAAGGUUUCCAGAGAAAACGGUGGUGGUGAAACUGCUCGUACUCUUUAAACUACUAGGUUACCAGGGGAAGCAAGCAAACGCUUACUGGUAUGUUGCUGCUUAGAGUAUAAGCUGAAAUAAUUAAGCUCUGCUACUAGGAAGAAUGCAUGAACUGUGAAUGCCACUUACUAGUUCAUAACAAUUAGGUUUAAACUAGCUGUGUGUAUACAUAUAUAUAUAUAUAUAUUUAUAUAGAAAGCUAUUUAUUUCUUAGCUACACAUAUAUGUAUAUAUAUAUAUAUAUAUACACACCUGAAGACUUGUGCAAUGAUUGCUGAUAGACUUUUAAUCAAUUCCUGUGUGAAAUUUCCUAGCAGAUUAUGCACUGACAUUUAUCUUCCUCUGUGAUACUGUAACAGGCCUUUGCAGCCACAUACUGGAUUUUAAAUGCAAACAAAUUAAUAGCUGUCGAUACUUUUUAAGGCCUCGUGGCCUUUUUCAGCCAGGGAACAUAACAGAUUUAAUAGAGAGCAAAACCAGCUGUGAAUUAUUACAGAAUUACCAGUUGACGGAGAGACUUUAAUUAGACGGGCAGUGAAGCUUGAGUGGUUGGUGUAGCUGCUCGGAUUCUACAAUAAAAUACAGGGAUAUGUAAAAGAACUGAACCAUAAAGGGGUCAGACGAGUUUAAAGUGGGGGCAGGGGGAAAGAAGGGCACUGCAUAAUGGCACAGCUCUUCCCCGGCAUGUCAGGAGCAUCUGUCACAUUCAGGGGGUUGCUAGGGGGCCCCUUUAUCUUUCCCAGUAAAUCACCCCAACAUCAGCCCUUCAUAGUCAAGGUCAGAUGCCAGACUUUCUAUAAGCCCCUGCCAAGCUCGGUAGGAGUUCUUUGGAUGUAAAGAGGGUAAGUGAUGCAUGAGAUCUUGUUCUGGGUCUUUGAAAGAAUUACAUGGAACUGGUGUCUUCUGCUCCUUAAUUAGAGCACUCUGACAAAUUUGCCACCCUAAAAUUAGGUGCAGAAUAAGGUACUGCUGAAUAUGGGUUCAGGACCGACGAGCACUGGAUAUUGACACUUCCACGUAAUUCCCUGCUUUUUCCUAUGCUGAUCAAUUUGGGCUGCAGCUGGGUGCUUUGAAGUCCUCAUCCAUUAACUUUAGGCGGGUUUCAAAGAGAAGAAUGAUGAGUUAUUUUCCAAAGCAGUGUCUUUGCUCAGCAACCCAGGUAAUAUCCUUCUCACACCACAAACAACUAAGCGUAGAUUUAACUUACUCUUCAUAGAAAGAGAAUUUUUUUAAACUAUAUGCAGAUUUUAAACAAAUGCAUUUUGUCUGACAAAACAAGUAAGAAGCGUGCAAUAAUAACACAAGGGGUUACAACUUGAAGUUCAGGUGUGAAACUGCUGUAUACCCCCAUUUUCAAAAAGAAGGGUGGUACUUCCUUGGGAAACACCGAUGUCAUACCGCACAACAGCACAGUGCUUCUUUAACUCAACCUCUUUGCUUCUAUUGUGGAAAUACUUCUGCUUGUAUCUUCCCCAUUAUCAUGGUCUUGGCAUCCAAACUCCAAGUGUAUGUUUUGAGUCCAGUCCAAUAGUCUUCUGCAAGACAAAGUCCCCUUUGUUUAUAACAGGAGUAUAGGAGGGACUGUAGCUAGGGAUUAUGAGGUCAUGUCCUUAAUAUAGGUCAGAAUCAUCACAGAAACCAAUAAUUGAUAUGUCCUGUACCAAUGUUAGACUUGUGAAAAUUUCCCCGUGAAAGCGUACAAUCUAAAGGAAAAUACAGGCCUGCUUCACUUUGCCUUUUAUCUUAACCCAUUUUAACAGCAGUAGGUUGGUUUUAGAUUUUUGAUGAAUAAUGAGAAUGGCCUAACAAAAAUAUGUGUUCUUUGCCAGCAGCAGCUCUGUGAUUUGUGGUGGGGUCACAUACGGUCUCUGAGAGAGACUGGUUAGAAUUUACAGGAACAGUGGCUCCCAGCCUGUGACCUCCUGUGUUACCACUGAUGGUCCAUAAAAAACAGCAUUCUCUGUGUGGCUGUCUGUGUUUUGUUUUCAUUUGCCAACCUGCACUGAAAGGAAAUGAGAAAUACACCAAGUAUUGUUAAGGUUGAAUAUUUUCAGUGAUUCUUAUCAUAAUUGUGGCAUUGCUUUAUUCAGCUGCCAGUAAAGCAGAAAACAAUUUGCACCAUAGGAGAAGUUGGUUUAUGGCACCGUUGUGCUUUGACGUGUCUGUUAUAACAUCAAGAACUGCAACCUGAAUGAAUUUACACAACUUCAGAAGGAGGUCGGUAUCUCUGAGAUGAACUGUAUUCAAGUUAAAAUAAUAGAUGCAUAAUAGUUAGAGCCCAAAUGACUCAUCCAAAUUUCAAAACUAAUUAUUUAGAAAUUGCUUGCCUGGGAGAUGCCACUGGCACGUAUAACCGGCAAUUAAAGACUAGGAAAAAAAUUGAAAAGGCUGGGGACAGCAAAUCUCAGCGCAAGCAGACAGCUUAGAAACAAGUGACAAUAAAAGCCAAAUGUAAAAAAGAAAAAGGCCUUUAAAGCAUACUGCAUAAUGAAUUAUAGUUGUGCUUGUCACUCACAAUGUAGAGGACAUCUCAAGAGGCAAUGUCAAAAAAGGCUGUUGCUAACUUGUAAAAAUACAUUUGAUAUUUGCAGCUAGGCCACACAGGGUCGUCUAUAUAUAUCCCAACUACAGAUAACAGUAUAAAGGUUGGAUUGCAACCAACUGCAAUUUUACUGGAAUCUUUGAGCGUCACAACAGUUGCCUGUGAGGCCCAGUCGCACUGCAGAUUUGGUACCAGGACCUGAUAUUGAGAAUACUGAUUCAUUUUGAAACAUUUCUGUUGGCAAAAUGUUGAGGCACAUGAAUGAGCCUGAGCACUUUGUGGAAUUAUUUGCAAAUGCUGGUUGCAGGUACUACUCUCUGAGCCUCUGUAAGCAGACUGUGUAUCAGGAGCCAAUGAGUGGAGGGAGACGCGAUUCAUUUUAAGGCAUUCUAAUGAAUGUAUGUUUGUUCAUUUGUCUGUUUGCUUAUAUGUGUCUGUAAAUUAAAAAGUUACAGGGAGUGCACAGAAUAUCUAGGGAAACGCUUCUUGAGUGUGUAUUUAUUCAGCAAAGGACAACAUUGUGCAGAUAAUUGCUCCAUUUGCCAUGAUGUUCAAUAGCAAGUCUCCAUGAAUAAGGAGAAACAAAACUGAGUUAAAGAGAUUAAAAGUGGAACAAGACAUCUAUAUUUAUAGUACUUGAAUUUGCUCUUGUAGAAGUCAAUGUCCACAUUUGUGCAGCUUGUAAGGAAGCAGGAUCUCUGUUUGAUUUGAAAGCACACAUGGCUGAAUGUCCAUAGGCACAUCCAGAGCUCAGUCAGGAGGUCUGACCAAUGGGCCAAAUGCAUAAGGACAUCCUAAAAACAAACUUUUUUGCUUAAGUACCUGUCAUAAUAUUUUAAUCGUCUGGGUACUUAACAUAACGUCUAUGCUGUGGUUAGGGAGCGAAGGACUCCAUAGCUCAUCUUUAAAACCAAAAAGGCUUUUCAGGCUUUUUGUGGUAGAAUGUGAAGUACAGGGUGAGUACAAGGGGAAGGCCUGGAAAUGCAAGUGUUUGUCCUUCUCUAGCCAACACUGACCUUCAGGCUGACAUACCUGUGCAAUACGAACUGACUGUCAGCGGGGUCAGUUUCCAGAGUGUUGGUUAUGCUGGUGACACAGUCACUCCCCCUUGCAAUUAGCAUGUGCUUAGAACUGCAGUCAACAUACUGGAAGAUAUUGAUGAUGCCUGGCUUCUGGGCACUUCGCAGGUACCUGUAAGCUUCAAGCUCAUCUUUGUGUAAGAUCAAUAUACCUGGUCUGUAGUUACUAUCCCAUAUUCUAUGGCGGAAUGCUAUUUCUUCUUCUGCAGUGUAUUCAUUUGAAUGUCUGCACAGCUGUGAGCAGCUUCAUUAGCAAGACUGGAGCCCGCACUCUGGAAACAAAGGGGAAGUUUUCAUCUGCAUGCUGUGCUUGUAGAAAUCUAGCAGGUAGAAGUGGAAACACAUUGGAUUUUACUAAAAUUAUAGUUUUGCUUAAUUGUUCAAGUGUCAUUAUUUAUACGCUGAAUCCAGAUACUAUGUCUCUGUCAACAGAACCCUGACAGAAAAUGACAGUCUGAAAGUUUUACUUUAUAUUUAAGUAAACUUUCUGAGGCAGCACAUUCAUAAAAUAUUAUUGCACUUAGUUGAUUACCAUCCACAUGCCUUACAGAAGCAAACCAUAACUGUAUUAGUUGUCCAGGUUAUACUGUUUUUCUUUGCCUGUGAGUGUAAUGAUGACCAAGUGGCCUGUAACAAGCUGAGGAGUCAGGCACUCCUGCUUUCUCAUCCUUGCUUUGCCACUACUGUUCUGUAAUCUUGGGCAAGUUAUUUGAACUGUGUUCAUUCUGAAUGAAUUUAAUUCAUGUAAAUCACUGGAAUUGUACCAGGGUUGAAUGUGACCCUCUGUGUCUCAGUUUCCUCUUCUGUAAGAUGGGGAGAAUAUACCUUACCUACCUCGCAGGGUUGCUCAGAAGACUAGCUAAUGUUUGUAAAGCACUUAAAAAUGCAAAGACGCUCCUAGGUGCUAAGAAGAAAUAUUGCUGAACUCCAGCAGAGAGAAUGUCAUAUAUUCAAUUGUUCCUCAUCUCACUCAGAGAGGAACAUGAGUGUUACUUAGACCACGAACUCUUGGGACAAACCGUCAUUGUUGUCACACUCAGAGGAAGUUCAUAUCCCAUGUCCUUUGGAGUCAGUGGCAAAAUUUCCUCUGGAUUUGGGCAGGGGGGCAGUUGCAAUUUAAAGCAGUAGUAAACAGGCUGACUAAAUACACAAGGGUCAGGAGUAAAGAGAAAAUAUAUGUGAGCUAAAUAGUUUUCUUUUCUGAAAUUCUCUCUGGUGACUUGCUUGUGCUGAAGGCCUUGUUCAUUUAACCAUGGGUUGUAUUCCAGUUACUGUGAAACAACAGAGCAAGAUUUCCUAUCAGUGUCUGUAAGAGUGGGGUUAUGGCUCAACUGCCACUGGGGAUUUCAAUCAACUUUAAGCUACUUCUUAUCAGAGCAAAAAGACCUUAAGUAAAUCAAGUUUGUAAAGAUGUAUAAUCGUUAGGGAAUGUAAACUUACAUUGAUCAAAUACACAACUUUUUUCUCCUCUCAUUUCCCAAACUUGACAACAUGGAACCAAUCGUAUUCUUAAGCAAAACUGAAUUUAGGCCUUCUUAUCACCUAUGAGUACCCUAGCAUGGAGCCCUGACUACUCAUCCCGCUAACCCACACUGCCCUUCCCUUGUAGCACCAUUGAGUACAGGGCAAUGUUUUUAAGAGCUUUUCUAACUGGCAGUGGUAGUGAACACAAAAGCAACAACAACAAAAACCAACCACAACAAAAAAUAUCAACAGAUUUGAGUGAUCCAUUAAGUCAAAGCCUCUAAUCAUAAGGAAUUCACUCUAUCCAAAUAAAUUCCUAGUGUCUGUUAUACAUCUGUAAGUCAGGGCUACACAACCAACACACAAGUUACACCUGAGACUGUACCUUCUUCUCCUCAGGUGAGAUGCAAGAUGCUGAGCAAGCAUCACAUGCGCUGAAAGAUACAGAUCUCUAUUCAAGAUGCUUAAUGUUUUGGAGCUGGAUGUGGAAUCAGUUAUUUUCACAACUUGAUUAGACAGAUGCUGUUUCAUUCCACUGAAUUCAGUAAUGAAUUAAUGACUGAGGCAGAGAAAGCGAGCUUUUGCUCAAAGUUGCCUGUAAGGAAACACCAGCAGACUGCUGCCUUCAGGGCAAUUGCUUCCUGGCUGACCAUACAAGAUGGAGGAUUCUGAAGUAGUGCUUCACUGUUUUGUGUGAAUGCCUAAGGAUUUGUGUUUGUAGCUGGGGGGGCAAUAGUGUGAAGAAACAGUUUAUAGCAAGUCAAUUUUUUUUUCUGUCUGCUAGAGAUUCGAGCACGCUUUAGUAAGAGGAAUCACAUUUAAGGGUCUGUGCAUGCAAUGAACAAAAAGUGUGAGUUUUAUUUGAUUCUGUUGGGAGGGGUUGAAAAUUUUCUCUUUGUACACUUUUGGAUGCUGACAACUGUAUAUGUAAUGACUAUGCAUUUUUAGCAAAAAAAAAGUGUGAGCUAUAAAUAAAGUUGAUUCUGAGUACA